AUGAAUAGUUUCGAUAAUUUAUUGUUGACAGAUGAUCUCUUGAGAGGAAUAUAUGGCUAUGGUUUUGAAACCAUGAGUUCUAUCCAACAAGAAAUAUUAAAUCCACAACAACAACAAACACAACCAUCACAACAACAACCAUCAAACAGUUCAAUGAUCGUUCAAGGUCGAUCAGGAGAGGGCAAAACCAUUGGAUUAAUUAUUAAAGUAUUGAAAACAGUUGAUUUUCAAAAGGAUGAUGAUGAUAAUGGUGUAGAAUUGCAAGGUUUAAUUCUUGUUCCGAAUGAAUAUUUAGGAAAACAAAUAACCAAAGCCAUGAUUUACUUGGGUGAAUAUAUUAGAAAUGCAACAAUUUCUGAUAAUGUGAAUGAAAAUCCGAGAAUUCUCAUAACCACUCCAUCAAUAGUCAUUGAAAAGAAGAUUAAUGUAUCCAAAUUGAAAAUUCUAGCAUGUGAUGAAAUGAAUGUCAUGUUACAAAUUGGAUCACCAACUAGAAGAUGUAUUAAGAGAAUUUUACAACAAAUUCCAAACGAAACUGAAAUUAUUUGUGUUGGUUCAAGUAAAUUGCCACCAGAAUGUUAUAUACAUGAUCAGCAUUUGAAACAUUCACGUAUCAUUCAACAAGAUAGUGAAUUGGGAAGAAAUAUUUCUGAAAGUUUUGUUUAUUGUCCAAAAUUGGAGCAAAAACUUGCAACAUUGAAGGAACGUGUCAACACUACUUUUCCAUCCAAUGUAAUAUUUUGUAAUAAUUCUAAAAACAAGGAGAAAUUAGAAGAGAUUUUAACACAAAGUGACAUACUUCCCUCCAUUACAAUAACACCAAUGGAUAGAUUAUUUCCAUACUUUGAUACCGUUGUUGGAAUUCAUGAUGAUUGGUAUGGAAUUGAUAUGCAUUCAUGUGAAUUUAUUGUUCAUUUUGAUGUGAUUUGUGAUGCAGCACUGAGUAGAAUAAGAACUGGAAGAAGUGGAAGAUUUGGUAGAGUAGGAAAAGGUCUGUAUCUUCCUUCAACAUUGGAUGAGCUUGAUUUUGUGUGUGAAUUAUUGCUUGGAUCUGCCAAAUGUAAAUAUCAGAGAAUAAUGAUGAAAAAUUUACAUUAUUCAGAUAUUAUGAUCCAUUGUGAUAAUUAA